GAGCGCGUGUGUGUGUGCGUGCGGGGAUGUCGGGGGGGAUGUGUUUGUGUUGGUGACACACGACAAAAUGAGAUGAGACCCCUCGGACGCAGCCAAAGGGCGGCGGAUUCCCAGCGCGCUCCGUGGCCAGCGCCGGGCAGCGGCCGGAGCCCCGCGAGUCCCCGCCAAGAUGCCACUGACCUGUGCCUCCACCUCACCUCUGUGCUGCCAUGGCCAUGCUAGAGACACUGCCCAUUCUCAUUGACCCGGCCUACCCCAGCCCAGAGAACCUCCCCAGUUUCUCUCCUGGGCCAUCCCAGCCCAUCUCCCAGAGCACCAUGGGCAGCGUGGGCAGCGGAGUGGCCAACGACCAGGAGUUUGCCAUGAAGAGCGUGGGGACCCGCACGCAGAGCAGCGGCCGGCAGCCGGAGGGCUCUCGCAACGGGUACCCCACGAGGGACCUCCCCACGCGCUACUCCGGCGAGGAGAAGACCUACAAGUCAGAGAAGGUCUCCAAUUCCCUCUACAUCAACGGUGAGCUGCGCAAGAGCGAGAAGGUGAAGGUGGACAUCUGCGGCAACGUGACCAGCAGCAGCGAGAAGAACGUGCCGCCGCCUCCCCAGUACCGAGAGCCCGGUAACCCACCAAAGAUACUGCCAGUCUCCGGCAAACUAGACCAGAGCAAUGAGCCCUUAGUUAGACCCUCAGCCUUUAAACCAGUAGUUCCUAAAAACUUCCAUUCCAUGCAGAACCUCUGCCCGCCGCAGAGCAACGGAGUGACAGAGAACAGAAAGAGCUUGAACCACGCCAACAGCAAUAGCCCGUCCGCACCCAAAAGUGGACUCGACAAGAGCAGCCUUAACAGGACUACAAACCAAGUGGGGGGCCUGUCAGAUUCAGGCCGUAACUCCUUAACCAGCCUGCCCACCUACGGGACAGGCUACAGCCAACACGUGGGCCCCAUGAGCGCCUCCACCAGCCACAUCAACCGCAUCGGCACCACCUACGUGGACAAGAGCAUGGUGGGCUACAACGGGAUAUCUACCUCAGACAGCGGGAGGUCUUCGAGCAAGAGCACCUCUUCCUUCAACAGACUCAACCAUCUCAAUGAAAGCAUGCCUUUCCACUCGCCUUCCACGGAUGAUAUCAUCCAAGACCUUGAAGAUCGGCUGUGGGAAAAGGAGCAGGAGGUUCUCCAGAUGAGAAGGAACUUGGACAAAAGCGAGGCUGCCAUCUUUCAAGUGUUUGAGGAGAAGCAGAAGAUCUGGGAGAGGGAAAUGGAGGAUCUGAGGCAAAACUAUGCCAACAAAUUGCAGCAGGUCUCCAAAAAGGCACAGCGGGCUCAGCAGGCCUUGCAGCUCCAAAUCUUCAAGCUCCAGCAAGAGAAAAAAAAACUCCAAGAUGAUAUGGGACAACUGCUCCAGCAACGAGAGGAGCUGGAGAAGAAGUUUGUGGCUUUCAAGAAGGAACAGGCUGAAUUUCUCCCAAAGAUUGAAGAGACCAAGUGGGAGGUGUGCCAGAAGGCAGGUGAGAUCUCCCUGCUCAAGCAGCAGCUGAAGGACUCCCAAGCAGACGUCUCCCAGAAGCUGAACGAGAUCGUGGGGCUGCGGUCACAGCUCAAGGAAGGCAAGAACUUCCUCCGGGAGAAGGAGGAGCAGAUCCUGACCCUGAAGGACUCCUACAGCUCCAAGAGCGUCAACCUGGAGAUCUGCGAGAGCGAGCUGCAGCGGAAGAUGAGCGAGGUGCAGGUGCUGAGGGAAAAACUGAACCACUGUGAGCUGGAGGUCUCCAGCCUGAAGCGGACACUUGCCAGCAUGGGACCUCCAGGACCUUUUGGUGGGGACGUUGGGGAGAAGCUGCGGGACCCGCUGGCCUGCGAGAGCGACGAAGCCAAGAUGCAGCGGCAGAGCGAGGACGGCGUCCACGCGCUGCGCAAGGAGCUGGAGAGGCUGCAGAUGGAGCUGAAGCUGGAGAGGCAGCAGCGGGAGCAGCAGGUGAUGGACUUCGAGGAGGAGCGGAGGACGUGGCAAGAGGAGAAGGAGAAAGUCAUCAAGUACCAGAAGCAGCUGCAACUGAACUACGUGGAGAUGUACCAGAAGAACCAGCUCCUGGAGCACAAGGUGAACGAGAUGAACACAAAGGCCACCAGCCCUCCGCACAGCGAGGAGAAAAAACCAUGGACUCCUUCCAGGCUCGAGAGGAUCGAGUCUACAGAGAUCUGAGGUGGGACCAAGGCGACACAACAUCACCUUUCCCUCGCUGUGCAUGUACAACCCGCUCCAGGCAGCGAUCUUCAGCGGCGUGGGCCUGCUCCUGCUGCGCUCUGUCACCCUCACUCUGUGCUCUGUAGGUAAAUCAACUGUGGAUGUGAGUUGGGUUGCUAUCCAUAAUGCAACAUCUCUUUUGGGUUGUUUUUUUUUCUCCCAGUACAGCUGGUGAGGGUCAACUUGUCUCUUUUGUAAUCUGCCAUGACUGUUACUGUGGUAGAAGCUGCCGCCCCCCUUCUCCUGCAAUUCAUCCCUCUUUGGUUGGUUGUUUUGGAGGGUUGGCUUGGGGUUCCUUUGGGUUUAUGAGCAUCUGAGUGCAGCAAAACGGUUCAAAGUGGCAGGUUUUUGGUUCCUUCUUCAGAGCAUUUUUAGCCACAUUGGCUAAUGGAGCAAAGCUCCAUGAUCAUGAGCAAACUCACUGUUCUGCAUGGAGCAUCCUGUCUAGACGGUGGUCUGAGUGAAGUCAGUGGGAGGCUGGCCACUGAUUUCAGUGAAACCAGACAUAUCUCUACCAGAUGACUCCCUCUUGCCAGGCUACCGUGGUUGCAAGAGGUUAGGAUAUCCUCAGAGGAGCAGGAUGAGCCUGCCCUGGUAACACAAACCAACAAGGAAUGAUCACCCAGCAGGAGCCUCUUUGGAGCAGAGCUUAAUACAUGCUGUGUUUUCAUUUCGCUGUGGUUUCCUUCUGCAGUUCCACUCCUCUGCUGCAGCCCAGCAGAGCAGAAACACCCUCCCACCUCUGCCUUGGUCCCCCUGUUCUUACCAUACAGCCAAGCUGGCUACAGCAAGAAAAAGAGAACUUGGAAAUCCAAGCUAGUUUCCUUUCCUAAGAGUCCUCUUACUUCCCAAAGCCCAUGGAACCAAGGUUUGGGGAAGCCUCCAAACCUGUGGGAUGUUUAUGCAAACCGAAGCUUUAGCAAUCUGCCCCAACAGUGGACAACUGUGCUACUCCAUUCCCAAACAAAGUGAUGCUUUGGUGCACUCUCUGGGUCCAGGGACUACUUAAAAAAUGGCAUCUGAGCCUCACUCAGGAGCUGCAGUGAGCACACAUCAGCAUCACUGCCAGACUGCAGUGGGGCAAGCAUUAGCCUUCAGUGCAGCCCUUUCAGACAGCACCCAUAGCCAUCCCAUGUGGCAUCACAUAUCCCAGGGACACACAUAAUGCAGGCUUAGCUUAAGAAAAUACUAAUCUACUAACUCUGAAAGCAGUCCUGAGAAAGGGAAGUGCUUUAGAUCAUACAAGUGCUUAUGCCUUGGUAGAACAACCACCAAAUCCUAUAGGCACUGAGAAUGGUGCAGGAAUCAAAGUCAUUCAGCUUGGAAACAACAUUCAGCUUGAAAAGGUGGGGAAAGUGGGCUUGGUUCUCCCUUUCAUGGACACUUUUUUAACCAUGUUUCACUGUAAAGACAAAACAAAAACAUUGCAAAGUGGAGUUUGCACAGACUGGGCAGUGGCUGAAGGAUCAAUGCAAGUGGCAAUUUCAGCUCUUUGUCCUAGGGAGCAGCUGGAAUCAAGCUGCAGUUAAGACCAGGAUGUCUUGGAAUGUCUGUGAGGUCACUCCAGGGAGAGUUUGGCCAGAUCAUUUCAUGUGCAUAUCAAGGAUGCUGAAGGGCUGAAGACCUUUCCAACAAAAGCCCUUUCAUUUUCCCUUCCCCAAAAGCUCCCCCUCUCCGUUACUAGGUCUGACCUUCAAGUUGGGAAUAAACGUUGUUAUGGUGAGCUCCAGACUGAGCAAAGAGGCUGAUCAGGAGAGAAGAGACUUCAGUUAGUCCCAGCAACCUCCAGCCAAGGUCAACAGGCAGUAUUCCUGGGCAGGAGCUGGCAACAAUCCCUGGAGCCAUAGGAAAUGAGGAUGUGAGAAGAGACCAGAGCUUUACAAGAUCCCAGUUAACCAUACCUGUGUUUUCCCAGCACUUCUGCCUUUCUAGCUGGAGGAACACCCAACCCAUCAGUUUGGAAAACACCAGGGCAACUCAGGCUAAGCCCCUCUCCCAGAAUAAGCCACAGAAAGGAGGAUUAGGUCAGAUCUGACCCCUGAAGGGUGUGGAGAAGAGCCCUACCACAAAUCCUGCAGGAAGGAGUGCAGCUGAGCUGCCUUCCAGUGCCACCCAGCAGCAAGCUUUGCCAUGCCAAGGGAGACAAGCACAUGCAAACAUAGACUUGGUCAGGUGAAUCCUAGAGCUUCCUCCAUUUCACACAAUGGGCCUUGGAGAUGGAGUCAAACAUCCCACCAGGUCAGAGCUGGAGAGCUGGUGUCUUGUUUCAUCUCAGCUUUCUGUGCUUCUCUUUCCACGUUAGCUAAACCCACAUUGUCUUCCUUCCCAAAGGAGUUGUGAGGCAUCUGUGCUUGUGAAGGGCUCUGCAGCCCUUAGGGAAAAAGGGCAAAGCAUAAAGAAAUGGCAAGAGACUCAGACUCAGAGGGUCUUGUGCUGUUUUUGAGGCCACCACAGCAAAAGCAAAGCCAGCAGCAAGUUCCCUCACCACAAGAUGGGUCCCAUAACCUGGAGGGUCAUUUCCACCUUUUGCUCUUCCUGACCUCACUAAUGCUGAGGCUGGUUUCCCACCAAGCAUCACAGAAAGCAGGGUUUCAGUUGGUGGUUCAAGAACCCCUAGAGUGAUUGAGUUUCAAGGAUGUGCUGUUGAGAUCAACACUGCAAUCCCCUGCCGCGUCAAACACUUCAUGCAUCACCCUGGGGGACACCUGCUCAGCACAGCUCCCUGAUAACCCACAGGCAGAAGCAAGGGCUUGGCUUGUCUCCUCACACACCUGGAUCCAGUCAGCAGCAGCCAGCCAAGCCCUCAGCACACCAGGAUGGCUCCAUCACUUUCUUCCUAGAUCUCUUUUUUGCAGUGGAGCCAGGAAGGAGCGUGCCUUGAUGGACCCAGCUGUAGGCACAUGCUGCAGGGUGCUGGACUGCCCAGGGACUCAACAGCCUCACAGUGCAUCUCUCAGGGAGUGGAGAGCAGCUUGGGAUGGAGCAGGAGCAGCAAGGAGAGAUUUUUCACCAAAGAGGAGAAAAGGUACAGUCCUUUCACCACCUUCUUCACUGAAUCUAGAGUUUGGAUCCAGAUCUGAGCAACCUCGACUGUGGCCAUUCCCUGGAUGGCAGAGAGCCUUGGCAGACACCCAUUAGGACACUGUGCUGCUGCUGAGGCUUUUCCCUCCCUUGGCCUUCACCCAGCAUCCUCUAAGCACUCAGCUGUCCUGCAGAAACCACCCCCUAUGCUACAGUGACAUCAAAUGCAGGUGUUUUUGACAAGCCAAACCACCACAGAGGGUUCUUGUUCCUCAGGGAUGCUCCCCACAACCAGAUGCACUGCUCCCCAUCACAUCCUCAACAGAGACUGAGCAAACUGAUGGGAGGACACCUGGGUUCUUCUUCUUUGCACUCAGAUGUGGCCCAGAGGGGAGCUCACCUGGCUCUUUCCAGACCCUAACACUUUUACCCGCUGCCUGGAUGAGGUCUCCCAUCACAAGCUAGCUCUGUGUUGAGGCCCUGGAGUUUUGGCCAAUGGGUGCCAGGCUGGCAUGUUGAUGACACAUUCUGGGGAUGGCCAUGGAGGCUGACAUCUCAUCUCUCAGAGGCUCAGGCAGGGCUGAUAAAAGCUUUCUGUCCCGUGCAGCUCAACACAGAGUUGCUGCUUGGCCAUAACCCAUCUAUCCCCUCCCCUCCACCAGCUGCUCAGCCAGCUCUGGAGCUGACAGGAUUCAGCAUGACCUCCUGAUUCACAUGUAACUCCCCUCCCAGUCUUGCACGUGGUUAGUGCCUCUCCUGAAACAAGAAGUCACCUCAAACUUGUCACUGGCCAACAGCAAAAGCUGCAAUCACAAAGGUCUCGGGUCAGUUGCCCACAUGUGGGGUCCACAAACAUUAGAGAUGCUCUGGGAUAUCUGAUACACGGAGCUGGCCAUUAUGACCCAAGACUUAUGGGAGAGUCAGACCAGUGAUGGGAAGACCUGGAGCACAUCAUCCACGUGCAGGCAACCGAGUCACGCUCCAGGCAUAUCCACGUGGGCAUUAUAGGAGCAAACAGAGGGCUGAGAUCAGCUCCAGCCAUUUCCAUCCAGGAGGAUCGGGGCUAAGCAAGUUAUCCUGGUGCCAGGGAAGGCCUAAGCAACUCCUCUUACCAUUUGCUGUGAGUAGGGUUGCUUUGCUCCACCAUCACUUUGAGGUUGGUUGCUGUAAACUGCUGAGACCCAGCUGAGCUAGUUCCCCUCCUGCAGCCAGCACUCCUGUCUCACCCUGAGGAGGAAUGCUACAACUGUUCAACGUUGUUGUGUUUCACACAAGUCCCACUGAGCUUCUGCCACUGUGUCCAGCUGGCUGCACCCAUCCUGCUGUGGCUGGAGGGAGAUCACACUCAAGAUGGGAAUCAAAUGGUUGCUCUUCUGCUGCUACCUUAUAUGGAGACAAAUGUGCUUGGGUGUAAAUAACAGCCCAGCUCUGUCUAUACAAUGAUUAAAUGAAGAGACAAGAAAGCUCUGUGGCUUCCAUCUUGGUGACAGUAGCAGCUGAUGUUGUGUUUGAGUGCUGAGCACUAUAUGGAGGGUGCUCAGCACCCUCUGAGCUUUUACUGGCUGCAGUGGAAAUGGGGGGUGCUCAGCACCUCCCAGGAAGGCAAUAGGCUUGGGAUGGGCUCCCACAGAGCAGUCUGCUGUCACUGUCCUCCUCUGAUGCUUGGCUGUCAUCCCAAGGCCCUGGUUAAUUCUCUCACAUCCAAAUUCCUGGCAGACAGCAGUGCCUCCCGUGAGCCCUGCUGCCCCUGAGCUCUGUCCAUGGGAAGGACCAACCCACACCACUCCUGCCCCCUUGCAGUGGCACUUUAUAGCUUGCUCAAGACUGAGCAGACGAGUAACAUGACCAAAGAUCUCCAGAGGGCGCUGGACUGUGUGAUUGGAGCUGCCUCACAGCUUUCCCGGGGAGGGACAAGGCUGCUGUGGGCUGGAAAAGGGGAAUGAGAGCUGGAAGGGGACAGGAAAGGGCUUGGAUUUCACUGUGUGGCCCCUGGGAAUGUUUGGCAGGUCCAUAAAGGGCCUUUCCUUUGCUAGACAGGACAGAGCAGAACAGAGAUCCUGGGUGAGCUGGUUGCCUCCAGUUUGUUACAGCAGUAUGCUCCAUGGUCAUGCCAACUAGCUCCAGGAGGCAAGGAUGGAUGCAAUUCCUCCUGGAGAGAAGAGAGGAUGCAUGCCAAGCCAGCCAUUACACUUGUCUUCUCUAGUUUAGCAGCAGAUGUUGCUGCAGGGUCCAGACAAGGGCUUGUUCUGGCUCAGGGUGACGUGGCCAGGAAAAUGUGUACCCUGAAAGCCGGUGCUCCUGCUGGCUGUUCCCUUGGUGCCCUCUCCCCAGCUCACCCCAGGGCAUCCUCAGCACCCUCCUUAGCAGGGGAACCCUCUCCUGAGGUGAAGGCACUGUAGUCUUUGCUUGUCUUGCUUGGGGUUCUGAAGGCAUCUCUGCCCAGCUUAGCUCCAUCAAAGCUCCUGAGCCUGGCUCCAGGAGGAGAGGGAGGUCUUUCCCCUGGGCCAGUGGGAGAUCUGAGCUCCUGCACACCCAGUGCUCCUGUGGAUGGGUGCUCAGGUGAGGCUGGACCUGGGGCACAUGCCCCUGCUGCCCAGCUGUGCUAAGCCUUCUCCACUCCAUUGCUGCCAAGGCCAUGAAAGCCUGCUGAUGUGCAGCCACAGCUUGGUGUCAUUUUAACCCAACCUUCCAGCCUAAGCCUUGAAAGUUGCUUUACAGUUACUUUUCAACAGGAUCCCUUGCUCAAGAUGUGCUCAUCACGCUGCCUGUGCCCUGCUACUCCUCAGCUCACCAGACUCUCCUGCCUCCUUUUAGCUCAUCAUCAUCCCUGUUGCCCCAGGAGCAGCCAGUGCCUCUCCCAGUACUCUCCCAGAUAAGUCUAACCAUGCUGGAGCUGAAGCCCAAAGCUCCCACUGAGACUGGCAUGUCCCAACCCUGCCCUCAGAGGAGCUUCCUAGACUACUGAUCCUCACCUCUCCAUCAUUCUCAUGACAGCUAGAUCAGCCCUGCUUUACCUCCAAGAGCCCUCCUGCUUCUUGCUGAAGGACAUCCCCAUGGCUUGCAGUCACUUGAGAUCAUUGCAUGGGGCCUCACACCAUCCCAACACCACACUCAGACAGCUCUGGGGCUUCCCUGUCCUUCCACUUUCCAGAAAGACAGGGGUGUGAGGGGUGUAUGAGCACCCCUGGUCUGAGGGGCACGCAGCACCCAUGUCUCCCAGCCCCCAGUGUAUCGAGGGGCUGGGAUCACAUCCUUCCCAAGAGGAUGUUCCAGAAAUAAGCUUCUGCAUUUUCAGGCUAAGCUUCCUCCCUGGUUCACCCAAUGAAGGGGAUUGUGUCAGGUCUGGAGCACGGGACAACCUCUGACACGCAGGGUUGUGUUUUCAUGGCUCUUUUACAGAUCUUUUUUCUCAGGCAGAAAGCCUCUGCUUUCUGUCACAAAGCAAUAGGUUUCUUUUCUAGAGAGAUUUAAAAGGGGCUAUUCCCAACUCUGAUACCUGCAGGCAAGCCAAUGUUCCCUUGAAUACCUUCACUGCUCCAGCUCUGGGCUCUUCUGCUUUGGAAAGGGAUGCAAGGCUCAGUCUGUCUCCAAAUAAUCCAUCUUGGUAGUCUCCAUUUGUCCAGAGAGCCCAAAACUGCCUGUAUCCAGCAGGCCACUAGUCUGGGUCCCCAGGAGGUGUGGUCCAUCCCCUUCUGAACUGUUCCUGGGUUGCUGCAGCAGGUUUUCUCCACUAACUCACCCAUGUGGGAUCUGCUGGAUCUCCCGGAGUGUCCGGUGACAGCCAGAUCCCAGUGGGAGAUCACAGGGCCAGCUCUGCACUUCCUGAGAGCCAGGCUGUCCUGUCUCAGAGGAGAAGGUCCCCUUUCUCCCAUGGGUGGCACAUGGCUUCCCUUCCAGAGACUGAAGGGAGCCAAACGUGCUGGGGCAGAGCUGCACCACCGGUGCAACACAAACUAAUGCUGCACAACCGACCAGUGUGUCUAUGCAGUCCCUUUCCAGGCAGCCGUGUCCCAGCAGAGCUCAGCCCAGGGCUGGAGCUCCUCCAAGGUGUCUUUGUUUGCACUCACUCGGACCUGGUAAAUGCUGUGAGCCGAGAGGAACCCCUCUUGGCCUUUGCCUUGCACCGGGCAGUACGCUUCGUGAGGCUUUCCCCAGCCGGGAUCGAUGCACGUCGCUUCAAGUCACCCGUCGUCUGCGUCUCUUCUCCAGCAGAUCAAUCGGUGUUUCCCCCCUCCUCCUGCUCCCGAAAACCCAGCUCCCCGAUGGGAGAACAUCAGGUUGGGCCCUGAGAAAGCCUGCUGUCUGAUUUCACCAGCAAUAAAAGCCCCGGGGAAGAGCAGGCAGAGCUCUCCACCGCCGGGUGAGCCGCAGGCUUGUGUCUAUGUGUAGGACCCUUUGGCCCAACAUUUCGGGCCUACCCCGACUGUAAAUUCAACCCCAGCCUUGUGCUUUUCUUUCCCCUUUCUUGUUUGUUUCUUGAUGCCUCAGUCUCUCUCUGCUCUGACUGUGAAUUCAAACCAGAAGUGUUCUGAACUCGACUCCGUCACUGUUUCGUUCCUGCGUUUGACUGUUGCUGGUUUCUCCAAACUGAGUUUAAUGAGACUUUUGGAACAAAAACAAUGUGUUAAAAAGAGAAAUCCAUUAAAAUUAUAUAUAUAUAUAUACUUUUAAAAAUAUAUAUUUAAAACAAGAACUCCAUAAAGAUAGGUGUCCCUCCUGUCCACCAGUCACUUCCAAACACCUUUGCCGUGUUGGCUUUGCCUCUGGUCGGUGUCUGUAAAGACAAAGAGGUUGGAAAAGGGAUAAAAACGCAGCGUUCUGGGAUUUCUUUUUGUACAGCAACAAGUGUAGUUGGAAAGUCUAGUGAAGACUACAUCACCCUUCCCAACCUACUGCUAGUCUGUUGUCUGUUUUCCAUUGGGUUAUCAAGAUGUGAAGAGCUACUGCCUUUGGGAUUUUCUACCGUGAAUAUAUAUAUAGAUCUGUACAGAGGUAUGUAUAUAUAUAUAUAUAAAUAGAUAUGGAGAUCUAUAUGUAUACGUAUCUCUCACUCUUCUAUCUCUACCUGACUGUGAAGGGUUUUUAUUGGGCAAAAUAAAAUGGAGAAA